ACCGCAGCUCUGCCACGUUCUGAUUGAUCAGCGAGCAAGUGUUUGAAAUUAAUGUGCGUGAUAUUCGAUUAAGGCAAAUAGAAUUCAACUUUGAAUUGUUUGCAGUAGCGUGGAUCACGGCUGCCACUUGAGGAACUGCUAUUACUAUUUGUUUUUUGAAUCGAAAGCGCAAGAGAUAGGAAAGUCCGAUAAUCGAGAUGCCGUAUUGGGAGCGCACGAAUUCGCCUGAGCAUCCACUUUCGGAACAUCACUUUAUAAGUCACAUAGAUCUAGAUCUGUACGAACUACUUGAGGAGCAACAGGUACUGCUGGACAUUAUAGCCCGGGAGCAGGAGCGUCUGGAGCAUCUUGAAAUGCGACAGUUGCUCUGGAGUGAGCCGGUUAUUAGAAUGACAACUCCGCUGCCCGAACCGCUGUCCUUGCAGCUAGUAGAGAUCUACGAUGAGCCCCAAUCGCAAAUGACAGGGGUGCCCGAAGCCGAGCCACAUCUUAUGCCUAAAGACGAGGCACUGGAUGAGCAUUUGGAACUGUUAAAAUUCUCGGAGAUGGCACCGGCUUUGCAGCCAACAACGUCUAGCGUCGAACUACAAAUGGAUUGCCCUAUUCGAGUCGUCUCCCACCAGAAUUUCGAGGGCGCCAAAUGCACGCCACCCAAGAGGAACGGACUGGGCUACGAUACGCGCUUUCCUUAUCCCAAACGCUUGGGGAGGAGCUGCGAGCGGCGGGCUUUAUAUAUUUUCACGCUUUGCGAGGACCUCGUCCUGCAACUUCAGCACCAUAUGAAUCAACAUGAGUCUGGCGAAUUAAACAGUCUGAUGAUCGCCGAGUCGGAGGCAAAAAAGCAGCAGAAGAUGCCCUUGAGCUCGGAUCAUGGGGUGGGUGUGCCAACUGGUGCGCUUCCCAAGUCGAAAUUCAAGCGACAGGAAAAUUCUGUUAAGCGCUUGCCCAAACCGCUGGACAUGAGACACACACAAAAGACACCUUUGAAGACAUCAUCUUCGCUGGAGUCCGAAAUUGAUUUAGAUUGCGAAUUCGGCAUGGAACACAUUGAGAAAUUUCGCUAUAAUUGUGUGCGUGAAGAUCAGGAAAAUCGAUUCCAUUCUACGCUCAUAGCUAACGAGCCAGCUUCCUUGGGUCGUACGUAUUUUGGCAAUAUGAUGUUUGCCGCCAAAUUGUCUGAACAUGCCAUUGGCGAGGACACCAGUCCACAGACUCAGCAACUACAACUGCCCAGCUGGUAUGAGAACGGGUCUAUCAUGCGAUCCCUUCCUUAUAUGCCAGACACAGAGACGCUCCCGUUUCAGGCCGCUUCUCUGCACAGCGAAUGUAUCAAUCUGAUGCCCAGCACCUCGGCACAGGCCCGUGCCACUUCCUUGGCCAUGGUCGGUGAGCAACACGCAGCUUCUUCGCAGUCCACUACAAUGCCGUCGUUGGACUCCUUGCACUCACAUUCGUCAGAUCACAUCCCGGUAAUGACCAUUAAUCAAUUUUCCCUGGACGCCUAUGAGGAGAAAAUGUUUUUGUCAUAUAUGCCAUUUAGCGACAAUGAAUUGAAUGCAGCCUACUGGUUGGCCUGCGAAGAGGCAAUGUGCUCAACAGAAAUAGUUCCGGGAUUGUCUCCACUGCCACCAGGGCCGCCUCCGCCAUCGCCAUCGCCGAUGCUCAACCACGUGGUCUAUGAUAUGGCCCAAUACUGGAACAAAGAGAACGCAAACAAUCCUCUAACACCUAGGUGUAUAUAUGACGACGAUAUAAACGAUCAAAACCGUCGCUGAAACAAAUUGGGUUACUCUGUUUAAUAUUUCUUUGGCGCAUACUCCGCAUAUGCGAAUGGAUUAUUUAGAUUUACAUUUGCAUAUUUGGAAUAAACUAAAGCGAAAUAUUUAAAAAUGAACUUGUUUAGUCAUGAAGA